AUGCAGAUCUUUGUGAAGACCUUGACUGGGAAGACCAUCACCCUGGAGGUGGAGCCAAGCGACACCAUUGAGAACGUCAAGGCCAAGAUCCAGGACAAGGAAGGCAUUCCUCCUGACCAGCAGAGGCUGAUCUUUGCUGGCAAGCAGCUGGAAGAUGGCCGCACGCUUUCCGACUACAACAUCCAGAAGGAGUCCACCCUCCACCUGGUCCUGCGUCUGCGUGGUGGGAUGCAGAUCUUUGUGAAGACCUUGACUGGGAAGACCAUCACCCUGGAGGUGGAGCCAAGCGACACCAUUGAGAACGUCAAGGCCAAGAUCCAGGACAAGGAAGGCAUUCCUCCUGACCAGCAGAGGCUGAUCUUUGCUGGCAAGCAGCUGGAAGAUGGCCGCACGCUUUCCGACUACAACAUCCAGAAGGAGUCCACCCUCCACCUGGCCCUGCGUCUGCGGGGUGGGAUGCAGAUCUUUGUGAAGACCUUGACUGGGAAGACCAUCACCCUGGAGGUGGAGCCAAGCGACACCAUUGAGAACGUCAAGGCCAAGAUCCAGGACAAGGAAGGCAUUCCUCCUGACCAGCAGAGGCUGAUCUUUGCCG